GAGAGAGAGAGAGUUGGCAGUAUUCAUGAGAAGCCUGUGCCUCUGGCGUGGUUCCUACGGUCAAAAGUAAUCAAGGUUAAAUAAGUUAUGAGUGAACUCGCGGCCCUCACUCCCGCAUUCUCUUUGCCUCCCUUGGGUCGCAGUGGAUUAGUGCCUCUCUCUAACGUAUCACACCACCCUGCACUGCUUUCCACUGUCUCAUGCCACUUUUAUCCCCCUCAGGAGCAGCGGUGGGACGUGGAAUGGACACCGACGAGGUACACUUCAUCCCCAAGGUCACCACCACCUCCACGACACCCUCCACGCCCUCCUCCAAGCACCCCAGCGUUCUCACCUCUCUGGAUAUACCGCCGGAGUACCUGGAGGAGAUUCUACGCCCUAGAAAACCACCUAAGAUCCCACGUGAGCCUUCCCUUCACCGGCAGCCGCAGCAGGAGGCGCCAGCGGGACAACACACGCCGCAGGAACACGAGGGUCAGUACACGGGGGAAGAGGAACACGAGAAAUCCCAUGAGUAUAAAAACACGCCCUUGCACAACGCCGUGGGAUCCCAAAGUCCAGGCCGCGGCGAGGAAUCCCUGGAGAUCAGAGCGGAGUCAUCGCAGAUCCCCGCCAUCGUGUUCUCCAGCAGCAAGGACUCUGGCAGCGGGGAGAACGAUCAGCAGAAGUCGCGGUGGAGGUGGGGCUGGUGGAAUGAGGAGCCCAGUGAGGUGCAGCAGAGGCGCGAGGAAUCGAAUUCAGGGCCACGCUUCGACCGGACCCUGGCGAGGAAGCUGACGGUGCAAGAGGGCAAGACGGCGGUGCUAGCCUGCCGCGUCGUCAAUAAUGAUGAGAAAGCGGUGUCAUGGAUGCGCCACCAGGACCUCCACAUCCUGUCAGUGGGGGAGUACAAGUAUAACAGCGACGACAGAAUCACUGUGUCACUGAACGAGGAGCGGCAGGAGUGGCGGCUGGUUAUCGAGAGAGUCACCCUGAAGGACGCCGGCAUGUAUCAGUGUCAGGUCGCCACCAAGCCUGUGCUCAGCUUCGUGGUGAACCUGGAGGUGGUGGUCCCCAAGGCCGAGGUGCUGAACGGGCCCGAGGUGUUUGUGCACUGCGGCUCCCUCAUCAACCUGACGUGUGUGGUGCUGCACGGUACUCGCCGCCCCGUCUACGUCUACUGGUACCACCACGACAAGGUGCUGGACUACGAGGGGCGUGGCGGCGUGACGGUCAUAACUCAGGCCAGCGAGAACACCAUCAGCCACCUGCUCAUGAGGAACGCCACGCCUUCAGACUCCGGGACCUACUCGUGCACGCCCUCCAACGGCCGCCGCGCCACCACUACCGUCCACGUCCUCAACGGUGAGCCCCAGGCGGAGUCGCAGCAGCCGGUGUGUCUCAGUGCGGGACCUCAGCGGGCGGCGGCUACUCUUCGCGGGACUCAAGGUGAGCACCGCGCGGCCAUGCAGAGUGCCACUGGUCCCCACUGCCUCGCGCCUCUCCUGCUGGUGCUGUGCCUGGCGUCUGUUCUCCCGCUGUACAUAAGUCCAGCAGCGCCCUGAGCACUGCUUCUCGCCAGCCUACGAGAAGACCCAGCGAUGGCCAGGCUAAGAAUCCCGAAAUUUAGAAGAACCGCAGACUGUGGCGGUGCUGUGUGGCUGAGGCUGCAAAGCUCCCUGCUGCAGUCCGUGGCGCCCUGAGUGAUGGCUCGGCAGCGAGGGCAACCACCUUGCCGACAGCGAUCCGAUGACACCCGAGAGACUUAUCCCUUCCCGGUGGAGUCGCCUGAGUGACAGUAAAAUGUUGAGUCGUGUAGCGUGGCGGCCUGACGUACGAGGCAGCCUGACGUACGGCCUGAUGAGACGCUGGAGGAGGAGGCGAGGGAGCAACAGACGAGCCUCGGCGCUGGAAACCAGCACGGGUCUUGAGUGACGUUUGUGCGAGGCAUUUAAUACUUUUAAGAUACAUUUGCCAUAACCAGAGCAGUGAAUAUGAUUUAAGAUAAUGCCAUUUCAUUCUGCUACACGUUUGGACGAAACAGAUUGUAUUAGAAAAGAACCACGCGCCUGAGCCUCGCUAAGUGCAGCUUCGUGUUCAUUGCCGCGUUGUUUUGUGUGGAGGGACACUGACCACGGGGAGCAGCAGGCCACUGCAGGACGUGAUGUGGGCUGAGUGGUGCUACUCUUUGUUCCGGAGGGCGUCUGUGUAACUCUGAAGUGUUGUCUUGAUCUGAGGAGGUCUAGCAUUAAAGCAUCAGGUACCCGCGCAACCUGUGGUGAUGCGAGGACAACUGCCGCAGCGACGCUGUAUACAUUAUAAUAUUGGUAGUAUUUUUGAUAUUUGCAAAGACCGACAAAUGCAACCUUAACUAAGCUGGUACGCUUCGCACGAAAGUAUACAAAUCGCGGAGUUGGUAAUUGUGAAGCAGGUUAGCAAGUUGAAAGAAUGCAUUAAAAAAAUCUUGUGUGAAACUGAAGCAUUAAAAAAAAGGAUAAAAGAGAACACCAAAAAAUGAGACGCCGUGAUAUUUCUCUUUUAAAAGUGUUCGAGUCGUGGGGUGUCGUGCAAACUCUGCUAACGAAGUAGGCCACGGUCUGACGCGUGGUGGUGCGGCCGGCCAGUAUUAUGAUGGAGUGAGUGCAGCGGGCGGGGCGGAAUUUAGAGUGUGAGUAACGAAAGGAGGCGGCGUAGAACUGAACUGGGCGAGGAGGGGGUGGGGGGGGAUGGCAAGGUAGCGUCGAGGGGUCAGCACGACCAGCGAAUGUCGCCAACUUGCAGAGUCAGUGUGUCACACUUCACACUGCAGCGGAGGAACAAAAGGCUGGAGACCGGACCAUAUUCAAAAACACUUCUGCUCCUCACUUCCACUAUUUUCAAAAGGGUCUAGUUGAAACUACACGGGUUUUUAAGCGUGUUUCUACUGUUCUAAUGACAGAUUAACAAGAUUUACUCAUUAUUCAUAGGAGAAACAGCCUUGGAAACCUGGUUAAUCAUCUCUGCGACCUUAGAAAAUAGUCGUGAUGAGAGAGCAAAGCGUUUCUGAGUGCGGGCCUGUGGUGCCCUCCGUGUGUGUAGUGUGGUGUGAUAAUCUGCUGUUACUUUGUGGGCAUGAGGUAAUUAAGUGAGUGUCAUGUGUGUCUGACCCUCCACCUCACCCCGGAGCUAACACAGUGAUGAAAAAUAGAGGGAAAGAAACCCGGAAGCCCAAUGAGUCCGCUGGAAGAGUAAGAUUUUUCAGUUCUUUGUCUCUUUGUGUGUAGUGGUUACCCCGCCCCUGCGCCUCCCGACACGAGGAAGAAGGAGAGCCACCACCACCACUACCAGCACAACAACAAUAGCCACAACAGCGAGAGCAAAAAGAGCAGAAAAAUGGCAAUGCUUGAAGGAGAACCUGAGAAGCGAAACAAAGCGAUAGAAGUCACAAAAAGAACGAGAAAGAGGAGGGAGAAAAGAAGAAGGAAGAGAAGGAAGAGGAAAGCGAUUCCGGAGUCAUUCACCCAUCCACUUUCCCACCCUUAGCAAGAACGCAAUACUCUUAAUUAAGGAGUACAUUUUUACCGAGUACUGAGACUAACUUUUACUCGUAAUUGACUUCGAAACCAGUGAGCGUUGGGGCGUCAGCUGGUGAUGAUCGGAGGGAGAAGAGUGAAUGCUCCUCUUGUUACUGAAGCGACGGUACUGUUUGUUGAUUGUCAGUGAAUAGUUUAUGGGGAAUUCUGCAUAUAGCUACGCUGCGGCGACUGUUUAUACUUGUAUCAUACUAAUAAUUUAAUAUAAUGAGUACUUAAACGUGCGUAAAAUAUGUUAUGUAUCAUCUUCAUGCAUUUGUGGGUCAUAUGCAUUCUUAUUACUGUUAGUGGUACUAUUAUUGUUAUUAUUGUUAUUAUUAUUAUUAUUAUUAUUAUCAUUAUUAUUAUCAUUAUUAUUAUUAUUAUUAUUAUUAUUAUUAUUAUUAUUAUUAUUAUUAUUAUUAUUAUUAUUGUCAUCAUCAUCAUCAACAUCAACAUCAUUAUCAUCGUCAUUGUAUCAUCACUGUCAUCAUCAUCCUAAUCAUCAUCGCUGUCGUCGUCAUCACCAUCACCAUCACCAUUACCAUUAUCAUCAGUUUCACCACCACCACCACCACCGCCGCCGCCGCCAUCAUUUGCUGUGAAGUAUUUACUGUAUUUAAAGAGUUUAUACUUACAUUAUUGCAUCAUUUAAUCUGAAUGUAGGACAAGCAGUACGUCAGCAUACCUGUCUACCUGUAAAUACUACGAAUCUUCACGUGCUGAGCCUUAAACGUGAUCUGAUGGACCUCUUGGCUGACUGGUAUACACACACACACACACACACACACACACACACAGGAGGUGGCGGGCCCAGUAGCUGCUGUUCCCUGGAUCUCGUUCCUCCACCAGUGAAUGUUUUGUAUAAAAUGUAAAGCAUAUUUUUGGUAUAUUUUACGUACA